AUGUCUAUCGACGGACCAGUAGAGCAGCAGGAUUGGCCGCUGCCAUCGUCGUCCUGGAUCGAAAAGGUCCUCUUCCUCGGAACGGGUACCAGCGGACAGGUGCCGGCUAUUCACUGCGUUACUAAGCCAGACUUUGGCGAUUGUGCCGCUUGCCGGGAUGCGACACUCAACCCGACGGGCAAGAAUCGCAGAGGAUGUACAUCGGCUGCUGUCGUAGGUAGAGACGCUGAGGAUAAGCUGGAUAGUGCCAUCCUAAUAGACUGCGGAAAGACGUUUUAUUCGAACGCAAUCGUUCACUUCCCGCGUAAUGGCAUUCGAGAAAUUCGAGCCGUCUUGCUCACACAUGCGCACGCCGAUGCCAUUCUCGGCUUGGAUGACCUCAGAGCGUGGACUAUGGGAGGUGUCAUUCAGCGUCACGUGCCCAUAUACCUCACGCAAGAGUGUAUGGCCGUCGUCGAGGGCAUGUUCCCUUACCUGGUUGAUCGCUCAAAAUCUACUGGCGGCGGUGACGUACCCACUCUUCAGUGGAAUAUUAUCAACAAGGACCAACCCUUUAUCAUUCCCGCUUCUCAUGGCCGCAAAGAGGUUAAAGUGCAGCCGCUUCCUGUAUUGCACGGCUUUCUUGGCCGGGUAUCGCCGUUCUGGUGUCUGGGUUUCCGCAUCGACUCGUUCAGCUACAUCAGCGAUUGCCACGAGAUCCCGGCCGCCACUCUUCAACUCAUGCGUGGUAGCCAAGCUAUCGUUAUGGACGCUCUCAAAAUGGAUCGGCAUCUCUCUCACUUUUCGUUUGCCCAAGCUCUAUCUUUCUUUGCUUCUUUCUCCCCUCCACCUGCGCUUGGUCUCCUCACCGAUUUUACACAUCGCAUAGAACACUAUGCCACUCAAGGCCUCGUAGAUACAUGGAGGAACGGCAUGCUGGCAGCACAGAUCGCAGGAAAGGCAAGACAGGUCCAAUCGACCGGAGAAGGUGGGGGGCUGAAGUGGUGGGCCGAUAUUUGGGACGAGCUAGGAAACGAACACGACAUGACAAUAAAAUUGAAGGAAGUGUACGACCCUGUAAUUGAUCAGAUGGCGCGGUCCGUUUCUCAUCCUAUACCGCCCAUCAAGCUGAGCUGGGAUGGCCUCGUGGUUUCAUUUGCUCCUCGCAGAUGA